GAAACAUGACCUCGCAAGGAGUGAAUAAAGUGGGUGAGCUGGAGGCGAGAGUCUACUAGGGUAUGACCCGAAAAGUCAUUAGCUCCGAUGUGAUUCACCCGGCAAAGCCUCAAGGUCGCACAGCACAGCCUUACCGCCGAAGCGCCCGCCAUAAGUUCCUGUGAGAGCCCUCUUGCUAUCAACUGUGAACACCACCACACAAACAACAAGCCACUUCUCACCGCGCAAACACAAAUAGCCUCAAAACUUGCAAAUAUCACUAGAACCUCUCUCAGUCUACAUCUACCAACACACCCAAACUCAUCAUGGACGACUGGGACCAAGUUACCAAGAUUGGAAGCAAGACCCGUGGCGGAGGAGGAGGAGUACGAGAGACCGUCGUCCGCGGAAAGUCUGCCCUCAACGCCGCCCAGCGCUCAGGAGCCGUCAUCGGCACAGAAAAGAAAUUCGGCGCUGGUAACUCGGUUUGUGCCCCCCCUUCGAUCUGCCAGGUUGCACCUCCCCCACUAACAUUCCCAUAGGCAUCAAAACCCGGUGUUGAAGGCCAACAUCUCACCAAAGUCGAUCGCAGUGAUGACAUCGUCAAGCCAAACACUGUCGGAAAGGUAGUCGGAACAGCCAUCUCCGACCAACGGCAGAAGAUGGAGCCAAAGAUGACACAGAAGGAUUUGGCCACCAAGUGUAAUACCACCCAAACGAUCGUGGCCGAUUUCGAGAGAGGAACUGCGACUCCGGAUCAGAAGGUGUUGGCUGCGAUGGAGAGAGUACUAGGCAUCAAGUUGCGAGGAAGCGAUAUUGGGGCUCCACGAUUUGGUCCUAAGAAGAAGUGAGCGAUGGCGGGGUAAAAUUUGCCAGGGAUGGGAAGUGUGGGGGGAAACUCAUGAAUUAUGAAGAACCCCGUGGAGGGGCAAUGGG